AUGGCCCCACUUUAUGGACGAGCUCAGCAAGUGGCAAGACGCAUCAUGGAAGAACUCACUGAUUACCUCACAGACGCUCUCUGCAGAGAGGAUCUGAAGCGCCUGAUAACUGAAGAUGAAGCCUGGAAGGUGUUUGUGGAGGCAGCAGAGUUGUCAAGCGAGGAGGAAGCUGUCCUGCAUGAUGCGCUGAAGGAGCAUUUAGCUCAGAAUCCCACAGAUGGAAAUGAUGAAUCUCAAGAAGAACUGAAGAAGAGGUUUUUGAAAGAAUUUCCUCAGUUGAAAAUAAAACUUGAUGAAAACAUCCAGAAACUUCGCUCCCUGGCUGACCAUCUUGAUAAAGUUCACAGUGACUGCACCAUCUCCAAUGUGGUGUCUGGCUCCACCAGCACUGUCUCUGGAAUUCUGGGCAUCCUAGGUCUAGUUCUGACACCCAUUACAGGAGGAACCAGCCUGAUGCUGUCAGCAGCAUCCUUAGGGGUGUUAGCAGGUAUGGCUAGCCUCACCACCACCAUUGUGGAAGAGUCUAACAGACUGUCAGAUGAAUCUGAAGCCAGUCGUCUGGUUGGAGCCAGCAUGGAUAUACUGCAUGAGAUUAUGAAAAUCAUGCCUAAGAUCAGAGUCAAACUUUAUAAUGUGGGUGUGGAUUUAAUCAGUGCCUGUAAAACCCUCAAGGAACAAAUCAGGGCCGUCAAGAUUGCUAGUGCAGAUCAUCGCCCACUGGUAGAGGCCACAAAGAAUUCAACGAAGGUGGGGAAAGUCUUAAGAGCGAGUAUUAAAGGAAUAAGCGUUACCAGUCUCUUCCUUGCAUUGGAUGUGUAUCACCUCGUGACAGAUUCAAUAGAUUUGUACAAUGGGGCAACGACAGAGUCGGCUGCAGAGCUGAGGAAACUGGCUCUCAUGCUGGAGAGAAAGUUGCAGGAAUUUGAGCAGAUUCACAAGGCUCUGCAGUAAGACCUACCUCAGUGA